CCGCGCCUGCAGGUCUGACAGGAGAACAGCAGGCGCGAGGCAGGGGUUGUGGUAUCGAGCGCUGUUCCUUUGCUGCUCUCUGAGUUCUUUCAGCUGAAGGAUGAGAAAAAUGAAGAAAACUCUGUGGGGAUGAGAAGGGUGAAAGAGGAAAAGCCAUCAGUGCUGAUCAGUAUCUGCUUAGUUUUAGCAUAAAGCACCGCGUCAGUUCAUUCUAUUAAUUCAGUCGCUGGUUUGGGCAGUUCUGAAGCGCUGCGGUCUCUUCAUAGUACUGAGAGUGUAAGGGAAGUUGUCUCGCUGUGCUCAGCUCUGAUGCCUGCUUUGGGUUUUGCUUCGCUGUAACUGUUUUGCAGCAUAAACUGUGCCUCAGGGGAUGCGUGGAGUCUGGCCAAUGAUCUGUGGUUCAACUCUUCCCUCGUGGAGAACUGCUCGGCCAGGGGGCUGGAGGAGGCUGCUUAGGAGAAAGGUGCAGAGCUGUUGAUGCCAAAUCCUCUCUUAUUCUAUGAUGGGCGGACGUUUAUCACACAGUCACUGUGUACAAACCAGUCAUCCGUUGUCAAACUGUUGAUGGCAGGCUUCAUAAUUUACCUACAGAAGGAAACCUUUAUCCCGCUCCCCUUGAGGUGUAUUUGCUGCUUUCUUCAUUUCCUUUCCCCGCAGGGAACUGCAGUGGGGCAGGAACACCUACAUAUGGGACGUGUAGUGGUAGAAAAGAACGUAUUUCAAUCCAUGCUUUGGUCCUUUGGUAAACCACGAUUUCCUGGGGCAAAUGAGCUCUGAUAUUAUGGUAUGAGGGAACUUAGGAGCAUGAAGUGAACUGGCAGUAAAUGUUCCUAGUGCAGAAACUGGAACGCUGGGAGCUCUGUGUUCUGUUUCUGGUUGCACGGCUGUAGGAAAUUGUGUGGUAUUAUUAAUGCUUUGCCACCUCUUCAUGUUUGGGAUGUGUACAAGGUGAAACUGUGCUCCAAAGAAUCAUUGUGGAAACGCAGCAAGUAAUAGGAAUGCCCAGUAGAUGCUUUUGUAUUGAAGUGCUCAGCACUAGAGCCACAAGAAAGGAGCCGUGCCCCAGCAUGGGAUGGCUGGGGAGACGUGGUGUAUUCUGUGAAAGUGCAGACCUGUGUGUACAUCCCCUGCUCUGGUCACAGGUCAAGCCUCCCGAGGAAACCACUGUGUAAGUAAAGAAGUUUGGGCCCUCCUUCCUCCUUUGCUCCAUGUUUGCAAUGGAGUCCAGCAAAAGCUUUGUAGUUUAAGCCUUGAAAUGUGACACUGUCUUGGUUUCCUAAGGUCAGUGUGCAACACCUGGGAAGGAUUGUGUUUAUGACUGUGUAGGGAAUUUUUAUUUUGGUUGAAAUUUAAGUGCAUAAAGGUGAUCUUUCAUUAUCUUACCCUCCUUGUGCAGUGUACAAUUGUCUCAGGUCAUCUAGCGUACAGUCUAUUUUGGAUGCCUGCUAACUGCAGCUGCUGGGUGACAGCCAGGGGGAGAAACCCACAGAAGAGAGGACGGUGGAAGGCAGUAAGUCUGUCUCCUAGGACAAUGGCUGUGGUUGGUUUUUAGAUUUUUUUUUAAUAGGUGUGUUUGAAUUAAUGUCGUUUAGCCACGUACCUUGAAUUCUAAUGAAGGGAGUAGGCCAUCUGAGUAAAUCCCUUUGGGCGAGUCUUAGUACUAUCUCUUAAUAUGUGAGUAUUUUCCUCUGCUAGACUUUCUCGUGGGUUCAGAACUUGAUCUUGCAAAUCAGGAUGAGCAAAAGGUUUAGGGUUUUUGGCACAGCUUGGCUUUGUCCUUUGUUUGCUUUUUUUGAAGUCUGAGUGUUAAGUUUGCUCCAACACUUCAAAAAAUGCUGCUCUGAACAACUGCGAACAAGAUUAUAUAAACUUCAGAUGGAACCAGUAACUUACAGAAGGACACACGGACAUGCCCAGCGUAUGGGAGCCAAUAAGAAGCUGCACAAAAUGGUGCUGGAGGAUGGAGGCAGUUGCAUCAUCUCUGCAUCAAUGAAGAGUCCAAGUAUGGCUUUGUUCAAGCAACAGAGGGUGGAGGACGUUUACGAGAUUGGGGAAGAACUAGGAAGUGGCCAAUUUGCUAUUGUGAAGAAAUGUAGAGAAAUAAGCACCGGUUUGGAGUAUGCUGCUAAGUUCAUUAAAAAGCGUCAGAGUCGGGCCAGCCGUCGAGGGGUGAGGCGUGAGGAAAUAGAACGGGAGGUGGACAUUCUGCAGCAGACCCUGCAUGCCAACAUCAUCAAGCUUCAUGACAUCUACGAGAACAAGACGGAUGUGGUUCUCAUCCUUGAGCUGGUGUCUGGAGGAGAACUUUUUGACUUCCUGGCACAGAAGGAAUCUUUGAGUGAGGAGGAAGCAACCAGAUUCAUCAAGCAGAUUUUGGAUGGUGUGAAUUACCUCCACUCUAAGAAAAUUGCUCACUUUGAUUUAAAGCCUGAAAACAUUAUGCUUCUUGACAAGAAUAUCCCUAUUCCACACAUCAAACUCAUUGAUUUUGGCCUGGCUCACAAAAUAGAAGAUGGAGUUGAAUUUAAAAACAUUUUUGGAACUCCAGAAUUCGUAGCUCCAGAAAUAGUGAACUAUGAACCACUGGGGCUGGCUGCAGAUAUGUGGAGCAUAGGAGUCAUCACCUACAUACUGCUUAGUGGCGCAUCACCUUUCCUUGGAGAAACUAAACAAGAAACGCUCGCUAACAUCACAGCUGUGAAUUAUGAAUUUGAUGAAGAAUUUUUCAGCAAUACCAGCGACCUGGCGAAAGAUUUUAUUCGGAAACUGCUGGUGAAAGACACACGGAAACGUCUUACAAUUCAAGAAGCUCUGUCUCAUCCAUGGAUAACGCCACUGGACAAGCAGCAAGCUUUGGUACGGCGAGAAUCUGUUGUUAACAUGCAAAACUUCAAAAGGCAGUAUGCCAGAAGGCGGUGGAAGCUUUCUUACAGCAUUGUCUCCUUGUGCAACCACUUAUCUCGUUCGCUGGUGAAAAAGGCCCUAAUUCAGGAUGAAUGUUUGAGAAACGGUGAAAGUGAAAGUGACAGUGAGGAUCUACUGCAAGGAGAAGCUGCUCAUCAGAGGAAAAGCAGCAUAUCCUAGUGUAAUGAGAAUCCCACAGGCAAGAAACAGAGGGAACUUUCAUCCGUGCUGAAAAAAGCAGCUCUGACAGCAGCCCUUGCCUUACUGUCUGGAUCCUUGGAAUGAUGCUUCUUACUUCUGAAAUGACAACAGCAGCUGGAUAAUGUUAUUAAUUCUUCUGAGCAUUUUAGAAAAUUGAUGAUCCAGAUUUCCAGGGAAGUGGAAAGGCUCUACUGGAGUGCUUUUAUAUUUUGAGCUUUUUGUUGAUAUUUCAGUCUUUCUGAUAUCAACUUUACUCAGGAUGCGGGCUUUCUACUUGAUGUACUUUUACUGCAGAAUCAUUCACAUUCCGCACAGUGAUUGAACCUGUGUGUAUUAUUUCAGUCAGGGAAAUUGUGAUCGAGGCUUAAGGAAUUUUCUUAUGAUUUUUGUAUUUGUCAAUAGCAUCAAUAUUUGAUAGCAGGUAUGGCAGGUAUUGAUUGCUGUGGGCAGUACUCGCUCUGCUGUUGCUGUCGUUGAAGAGAGAACCAUAGUGCCACUGCACUCCAUAACUUUGCCUUCGCAACCUGGCAGCCAGCAGUUCUCCAUUCCAAUAAGAAUUGUUCUGUAGCCACCACCUGGCUGAUUGAAAGAGGACUAACACAGCUGCCAUGGAUAAUGAGCACAGCCAAAAAAAACCCAGAAACUAUUGGCUGGAGGUUGUUGUGCACCAAGAGUGAUGGUGGGAUGCUUUACCAAAACAGGGCUCUGAGAAAAGCCCUAAGGAAUGUCCAAAAUAGUCUUUAUUAGACUUUUUUAUUAUUUUAAUUUGUUAGCAAAUUGGAGAUUCAUUAACACCUAGUUACAUAGGUGUCGUUUACACAUAACCCAAACUGUGUAUGUUUGGGUUUUAUUCAAAGGGUUUGUAUUGAAAAUUGUGAAGAAGCACUUUAAUUUAGCUCCUUUCUGCUGGUAAGUUGCAUCAUUUUAUCUACGUUAGUUUAUAUCGAAUAUGCUAGUAUUAUUCAGUUGGUACAAAAAAAUGCACUGAUGAGGCUAUUUUUUUGUUGGAAUAUACUAGUUGUUAAAAAUUAUUUACUUUACCUUUAACGUGUAAACUAAAAAUUGCAAAACAAGCUUUCUAGAAAAAGCCAUAAUUGAUAGGGAAACCAAUUUUGUUUUAUUCUAUGGUGGUCACAUCCUGGUUCAAGUUUUAGAGCUGAAGGUGGAAGCCAGUGUUGAAAACAUGCAUUAGGUUAAUUUUGCCUGUCUUCCAGUUUUUUAAGAAGAAGGAAAAUUAUGCUACUUGUAUUUAUAUUUUUGUAUACUUGCUUAGGUAGAGGCUGAAAUGCAGUUGACAAGAAAGUGCUUCUGUGAAAGGAUGGAAAUGUGCAAGAAGAAUUGCAGAAGAGAGGAGGAAGGUAGGAUCUGAGGGAAGAAUAGUAAUGUAAAUAGAAGGAAGUAGAGAAGGGGCAAAAGCAGUGGGAAGGAAAUAGGUAAAGGAGGAAGUGUGCAGGGAGUUGGUGUGCAGGGAGGUGUGAACUGGGAUUGAGAAGGUUUGAAGAAGGGAAAGAGAAAGUAGGUAGAGGAAUUUUGGUAUUUUUGUUUGAUUGGUAUUUGUUUGUUUUCCUCAUCUCCAAUGAAGAUGAGGUCAUUUUGGUGAAAAAAGGGAGUGUUAGGUGUGUGCAGCUCCAGAAUCUUUGGCUGUCUUUUUUUCUUUUUUUCCCCAGUAGUUUUGGUUGUUCUAAUGAUCCGUACCUCACUGUAGGCAGCUGGAUGCCAGAAGUUUCAGAUGGAUCAUCAGCCAGCCUGACAUUUUUAUGAACUCUAUUUUAAAUUGAGUGCUGUGGCAAUUUAACACCAGUUGAAGACCAGCUCUAUUGCUGUUACCAUGUUUUUUCUUCCCCUUCUCUUACCAAAUCUGAGUGGCUCUUUGCACCUCAGCUGUUAGUGACUGUAACCUCCUGUUAGUGACUGUAUUAUCACUUUGUCAAACUGGGGUUAUCUCAGUAGUCCUCUCCACCAACCCGUACCCCAGAUUAAGCAUUAAAAAAAGCAUUAAACAAACAAGGAGUAUCAUAGGACAUCAAGCUGUUGUAUGUCUGUUGUUUUCUGUUUGUUUUCUUUUCCUUCCAAAUUAAUUCUCUUUGAUCAACUUAGCUUUGAGACAUUUUUCAGUGAAGUCAACACAUUGCAGCAUGACCUGGUUUGUUGGCAGCCACUCCUGUCCUGUUUCAGCAUCAGCAUGGCUGUGCAGAGUGCUGGGUUUGGAUUAUGCACCAACAUUAACUGUGGGACAGUGUUCCUACCAUUUUUUGUAUGUUUUCUUGCUUUCAACACACUUCUACAAUGCUAAAUGAUGUUUUAAGUGUGCUAAUGAUUUUUUUUUUUAAAUUUAGGUCACUCGUUUGUUUCAGUGUUUUGGAAAUCUGGUCUUGUGUUCAUUUCUGUGAAGCACUUGGUGAUCUGUUCUUGAAAUUACUCUGAGCUGCCUGUAUUAUUUGCAGAGCUUUCAGAGUUCCAGAACUCUUUACGCCUUCUGAAAUCCUGGCCUGAAUCCCUUUUUCUGUUGAGGUAGCUGGACACGGGUUGCCAGACAUAAAAUUCUUUUGCUCUAUGAACCAAUAUCACAGGGACUGGUUGAAGCAUCUGUUAGGCUUCCAUGUAGUAUGUUGUAUUUUAGCAGACUGAGAAGAACAAUCUUCUACAUCAGUGGAGCAGUUCCAACGUUUAAUCCUUGGUUUUCAUAAAUUACAUGUGGUCUAGUUAAAUGUUUUACGUGCUCUCCCUGACAUCGUGUGAUUUUGGAAUGAAACAAGCUCUAUACUUGUCAUAUUUAUACUUCACUUUUUUUGUGUUGUUUUUUGUAAUUGUGACAAUUGUACUUGUUGUAAUUUGAGCUUAACUUGUUUAUGUCAUUCAUUGUCCUGUAGGAAUUGCAAACAAAUUUUCAUUAUGUUAUUCACUUAGCUUUUGGUAUAUGUAUUUAAAAAAUAGGAGCAGAAAAGAAAAAAUGUUCUUCAAUGCAUGCAAAGCACUGCAGUAAGGUGUUGCGAGGGAGCAGCAAUGGGAAAAGCUGUUCUGGUGUCGGGAGGGAAUCUUUCCCAAACAAAAUGAUAAUGUUCAGUGAGGGGCUGCCCAGUUCACCUGCUGGCUUCCCCUCGCUGCACCACUGCAUUCCUUGGGUUAUGGAAAACCAAAUAAACUCAGAGCCAGAGGUCUUUUUCAGAA